AUGACAAGGGCCACGCAAACCAUCUCCAUCUUCCUGCUCGUCUCUUCCCUCUAUCUGGCACUCUUCCUUGGCUUGAUCCCCCUGCCGUCCGCCAUCAAUGAUCUUAUGCCCUACCUUCCCUUCUUCGGCGUCUUCUCCUUUGGCCUUUACCUUGUUGGCAAGCUCGGAUACAAUGUCGCAACCUUCCACGACGUCCCAGAGGCUCACAAGGAGAUCCUGGCCGAGAUUGAGCUCGCUCGCGCAGAUCUGAAGAAGAUGGGUGUCGAUGUGGACUAG